CUGCCCUUUGCGGUCCAUCCCGACGCUCAUAGACAGCAGCCACUGCCACCACUGUAUCCGAUGUCGCCUAUGGGGAAACCGCCUCCGAGCCCUCAACGGGGAGUGUCAGCACCGGUGGGAAGGGGCCUUGGCCAAGGCAUUCAUGCUGCCUACCAAUACAAGCCGGUUACGCUGGGAGGCUCUCCGAUGCCAUACGUUGGUGGAACUCCGCAGAGAGUACAGCAACAGUCGCUUCAUCAUAGCUGUCCGCUAGGUGUGAUCGGCCCACCGCAGGCCUUCUUCUCACCACAACAUGCGAGGGUGCCGAGCUUGAUGGGAGGAUUGCCCCCGAGAGGGAUGCCGUCGGUUUCCCCGAUGCCGUUCAUGGGGACUCCUCUUCCUGGACCGCAGACAGCACGGCAGAUGGUUGAAAGGAAGGAGGAACAGGCGAAGGCGAGUGAUGAGAAUAUCUUUGAGGCUAGGUUGAAGCGUGAUUCGGAUGGCGAGAAGAAGCCUCCUGUCCCUGUUGAUGAAAAUAGUAAAACUGUUGGUAACAGCGAGGAGGGGGUCACGAGAUUAAGCGCAUAUGUAAUUUGCCGAUCGCCGAAGGUUCGUCUUGUGCCGGACUUCCUCACUCCAGAGGAAUGCGAAUACAUGAUAUCACUGGCUGAAGGGAAGUGGAGACCAAGUACGGUGGGAAGGAGUUCUUCUUCCAUUUCUGAUGGAAAAAGUGACAAAUAUGUGAACAAGCGUUCGAAGGGUCGGACCUCGAGCUCCUUCAUGCUCCUACACAGCCAGGAUGAUGUCGUAGCUGAGAUUGAGCGCCGGGCCGCCAGCCUGGUGGGCUUUCCUGCUGACCACGUUGAGAGGCUCAACAUGCUAAGAUACGAGUCUGGAGAGUUCUUUGGUCAACAUCAUGAUGGGGCCUUCAGGCCUUGGACAGUAUUCAUCACUCUUAAUGAUAUUCCCCGAGGGGCUGGAGGAGAGACUCUAUUCCCGGCCCUGGGAUUGAAGAUUCGACCGAAAGCUGGUACGGCUCUGGUGUGGCCUAACUGCCUUGAAGAUGGCCAGGCAGACGAUCGAGUAGUUCACGAGGCUUUGCCACCCACAGGGGUGAGGAAAUAUGCAAUUAAUUGUUUCGUUAACGAGAAGCCCGUUGCCGAGCUGGUAAGGAGUACCAGCAGCGUUGAUGGUGACGAUCCCAAUAAUCUCUGGUUGGAGUAUGAUGACUAG